AAUAAAAUGUCCUGGUCGCGGGAACAAUGUGAAAUUUUGAUACAGGAGUAUCAAAAACAUCCCUGUCUCUAUGCUACAAAAUCAGUGUUGUACAAAAACAGGCAUGCACGACAGCAUGCUUUAGAAAAAAUAGAGGCUGUGCUGAAGGAAGUAAGGCCGUCCGUAACGAUUAACGAAAUAAAAACCAAAUUUGGUGGUUUGAAAACGAACUUCCUAAACGAAUACAAGAAAUGGAAUGUAUCCAGGCGCAGCGGAGCUUGUGACAACGAUGAUGACGAUUCUUUAUAUAAACCAACAAUAUGGUAUUUUAAAGUCAUGUUUUUCCUUCUUGAGCACUGCAAAGUGCGAUUGGCAGUCGAUUCCCUAACGGAGGACGUAGAGACAGAGCAGGAAGACACAGAGCGUGAUUCGCAAUCAUCAGAAGUGCAGGAAUAUGUCGUAGGAGAAGACGGCGUGCUCCACGAUGCAGGUGAUGAAAAUGUACAGUCACCAGACAUGUCAUUUCAAGUUGCUUCGCCUUCCUCUUCCAAUGGAUUUUACCAGCCAAAACCAAAGAAGAGGAAACUGCGGCAAGAGCCAGUGGAAGAAAAUCUCAUACGGGAAGCGUCAAAUACACUUGCAUCUAUUAAUCAGGCAAUGAAGACGAAUCAAGGCAAAAAUGAAGAAGACGAAGCGUUAGCAAAAUUUAUUGUUUGCAAAUUAAAUCAAAUUACGAACGAAGACAUACGUCUCGAAGUGGAACAGGAAAUUGUUGAAUGCCUGUAUCGCAGUAUAAAAAAAAGUAGAAUGUAAAUAAUAGGCCAG